AUGAACGCUUUCACCUUUGUUGGCUGGGCCGUUUGGCACCCGAACAGCAGGCAAUAUAAUGGCUGGCGCGAGUCGAUGGAGCCUAUUACCGAGAUCUUUGUCGGUCACCUCCUGAACAGCAGUUUUGCCGUGUAA